AUGUUUUGUAAUGGAAAGAGAGACUGUUAUGAUGGAAGUGAUGAAGGAAAUUGUCCUUUCAACAUAACAUUAGUGCCUCAGCAUAUCGAUAAGUUUCCAAUGUCGUGUAAUUUGUCAACAGAUAUCAUUAACAUUUUAAACCAAAGCCAGUAUCAAAGCUUAAAUUUAUGCAUUGCUGAUUUUUUGAUGGGAGUAUAUUUGUAUAUUAUAGCAAUUAUGAAUUUAGUUUAUGCAGGGAACUAUGGCUUAAAUGACUAUGAGUGGCGACAUAGUGAUCUUUGUACGUUUGCCGGGAUUUUAGCGACAAUUUCCAGCGAGGCAUCUGUACUUUUUGUUUUAUUGAUAACUAUUGAUAGAGCCAUAUCUAUUAAACAUCCGUUUAUCCAAAGGGGGAGAGGUUUCACUCUUGGAUCAUCACUACUUUCUUGGGCUAUUGCUGUUUCUGUAUCUGUGUUACCAAUUUUGCCGAAAGAAAUAGCAUUAUUUGAGGGUUUUUAUGCGCAGUCUCCCAUCUGCAUAUCUCUACCAUUAUCAGUUCAUAGGCAAACUGGUUGGCAAUAUUCAAUGGUAAUUUUUGUUGGUUUAAACUUCAUGAUUUUCCUCGGUAUAACUGUUGGGCAAGUACUGAUUCUCGUAGAGGUCAUUAAAUCCAGCAGAAUGUGUAAUUCAACAAAUACGCAUCGACGAGAGAUUGCCUUAGCCAAGUCUGUUGUGGCUGUUGUUUUGACGGACCUUUUCUGUUGGAUACCCAUAGGAAUCAUUGGCAUGCUGACGUUUUAUGGCAUCGAUGUAUCACAAGAGGUUUAUGCCUGGAUAAUUGUGCUUGUUUUGCCUGUUAACUCUGCACUAAACCCGAUACUAUACACACUGUCGUCUAUUAUAAGAGACAGAAGACGAAGUAAGGUGUACUGA